CCCGGCGCCAUGUUUGGGAAGAGGAAAAAGCGGGUGGAGAUCUCAGCACCGUCCAACUUCGAGCACCGCGUGCACACAGGCUUUGACCAGCACGAGCAGAAGUUCACGGGGCUGCCCCGCCAGUGGCAGAGCCUGAUCGAGGAGUCGGCCCGCCGGCCCAAGCCCCUGGUGGACCCUGCCUGCAUCACCUCCAUCCAGCCCGGGGCCCCCAAGACCAUCGUGCGGGGCAGCAAAGGUGCCAAGGAUGGGGCCCUCACGCUGCUGCUGGACGAGUUUGAGAACAUGUCGGUGACACGCUCCAACUCCCUGCGGAGAGACAGCCCGCCGCCACCACCCACCCGUGCCCGCCAGGAGAAUGGGGUGCCAGAGGAGCAGGCCGCCACGGCCCGUGGGGGCCCAGGGAAGGCAGGCAGCCAUGGCCGGAUCGCCGGUCGCAGCGAGGCGGGUGGCGGCAGUGGAGACAGGCGACGGGUGGGGCCAGAGAAGAGGCCCAAGUGUUCCAGGGAGGGCUCAGGGGGACCCCAGGAGUCCUCCCGGGACAAACGCCCCCUCUCUGGGCCUGACGUCAGCACCCCGCAGCCUGUCGGUCUGGCCAGUGGGGCGAAACUGGCGGCCGGCCGGCCCUUUAACACGUACCCACGGGCUGAUACGGACCACCCAUCCCGGGGUGCCCAGGGCGAGCCUCAUGACGUGGCGCCCAACGGGCCAUCAGCAGGGGGCCUGGCUGUCCCCCAGCCCUCCUCCUCCUCCCGGCCUCCUGCCCGAGCCCGCGGACCCCCCAGCCCUGGAGUGCUGGGUCCCCACGCCUCCGAGCCCCAGCUGGCCCCCCCAGCGCGCACCUCUGACACCCCCACCACCCCUGCCGUCCCUGGACCCCCUGGGCCCCGCUCACCACCGCGGGACCCACAGCGAGUGUCACACGAGCAGUUCCGGGCUGCCCUGCACCUGGUGGUGGAUCCAGGGGACGUGGUGAUCAUGAGGGACUACCAGCAUGAAAACGUGGUAGAGAUGUACAACAGCUAUCUGGUGGGCGAUGAGCUCUGGGUGGUCAUGGAGUUCCUGGAGGGCGGCGCCCUCACCGACAUUGUCACCCACACCAGGAUGAAUGAGGAACAGAUCGCCGCCGUGUGCCUGGCUGUGCUGCAGGCCUUGUCUGUGCUCCAUGCCCAGGGCGUCAUCCACCGGGACAUCAAGAGCGACUCGAUCCUGCUGACGCACGACGGCAGGGUGAAACUGUCAGACUUUGGGUUCUGCGCCCAGGUGAGCAAGGAGGUGCCACGAAGGAAGUCGCUGGUCGGCACACCCUACUGGAUGGCCCCAGAGCUCAUCUCCCGCCUCCCCUACGGGCCUGAGGUGGACAUCUGGUCCCUGGGAGUGAUGGUGAUCGAGAUGGUGGAUGGGGAGCCCCCCUACUUCAAUGAGCCACCCCUCAAAGCCAUGAAGAUGAUUCGGGACAACCUGCCGCCCCGACUAAAGAACCUGCACAAGGUGUCACCAUCUCUGAAGGGCUUCCUGGACCGCCUGCUGGUGCGUGACCCGGCGCAACGGGCCACGGCGGCCGAGCUGCUGAAGCACCCGUUCCUGACCAAGGCGGGGCCACCCGCCAGCAUCGUGCCCCUCAUGCGCCAGAACCGCACCAGAUGAGGUCCUGCGUCUGCCCCUGAACCAAAGAGCCCUGGGUCACCCAGCCCUACCCAGGCCAGUAGGGGUAGCCCCCCGCUCCUUACAGGAGACACUCCGCGUGGCACCGCCCUCCCUGCGGGGGGGGGUCUGUGGAGCCCAACUACUGAACUCUGAUUCUGAUUUUGUGACUUUUAGAAAAACACAAGGGACUCAUGGGAGCAAGUGAGGCUCCCCGGACCCCUCCUCCAGGACAGGCCACCCUUGCAUUCUUCUGUCCCCAAGGAGGACAGGCGGCCCUCCUGCACUGGAAGUCUGCAGCGGGAGCGUGGGGCCGUGGGAUCACUGCAUGAGGAGGGCAUGUGGACACACGUCUAUGCGCGAGCGCACGUACAUGUGCGGGUUGCUGUGUGUGUGCCCACCGAGGCCCAGCCACCCUGUCCUCCAGCCUGCAAGUGGGUGUCUCUGACGCCUCGAGUGACACCCAGCCCUCUCUCCCCCGAGCCAUUGUGGGGGUUGAUCAUGAAUGUCCGAAGAGUGGCCUUUUCCCGAAGCCCUGCACGCCCUCUCUGUGGCUGAUGGGGAGGCGGUCGGGGCUCCCGCCCACCCCAGCCUCUGCCGCAAAUGACUACUGCGCCUGGGCAACCUCCUCUUUUCUAGAAGUCUAUUUAUAUUGUCAUUUUAUAACACUAGCCCUGCCCCCACCUGGGGACCGACAGUCCCUGUCCUGCCGGGUGGCCUGGGGACAGAGCCACUGCCUGAAGGAUCCUGCCUAGUCAGAGCAGGCCUGCCCCGCCUGCCCCUUCCUCAAGUUAGUUUCACAAUUAAAA